CGGCCAGUGUAGGAACUUCACGCUGAUUAACACUCCUACGCUACUGGAAAGCGUUGUUGAUCGGUGGGCGACUUGUCCGGACUACUUGAAUUUGGUUGCUCCACGAAACACGACCCCGUCCUACUUUUCGGCCAGUGAGAUUAUAUCAGAAAUAGACGAGAGCAAUAAACAUUCCAGACUGCUAAAAGCGGAAACCGGGCAAACACGCACAGGACUGCCAGUUGAAAACACCGUUGUAACUACAGCACUCGAAAAUGACGAGGAAGAGUCUGAUGAAGAACGUGAACGAGCGGCCACAGCUGCUGAAGAUGUAACCACGGGGACAGAAAUAAGAAUUUCAGGCAGCGCACAAGAGCAAGAUCAAGAAUGGGCCGCUCUGCGCCACCAGUUCUCUCCAUUCGGCGUGAGUUUCUUGCGCCUUUACCGCAAUACUGUCGAGGUGGACCACGACACCAAAAGUAGGCAGACUGGUGCGGGCGGCAGCAAAAAUGCGACACUUCACCGUGUCGAUAGUAUCAACAAAGGCAGACCGGGCGAUGUCCCGGCAGUUGUGCAGAUCGCCGUUCAUAGCUGGCCGGAGUUUGAGGUGGUUUUUGUGGAGGUUUCGGACUAUG